GGACCGAAACCUGCCAAGUUUACCUGUCAGGUAGCCAAAAGUAUCGUAGACUGUUGUGUGGAAUUAGAGGUUCGUGUCUAGGACUUAUCUAGAAACUUGCCAGCGUCCAUUCAGUCGGAACCAAGAAAGGAAUUCGUCCACUUUCCACCUUCUUCUGAGACGUUCAUGUCUCCUCGGAAAGUCUUAUUUAUUCUUUUUUGAGCACGGGCGCUGAAACGGUCAAGACGCUUCCGGGUUUAAAAGUUUCAAAUUCAUUAUUUGAUAUAUAAAUAUAUACGUAUAUGUGUAUUUUCACAAAACAACAUGAAUAUUGAGAUGCACAGCAUUAAAACCAAUGGAAGCGACGCCGCGACCCAUCUGAUGACGGCCGCAGCAGGAAAUGGAGACGGUCACGCGUACAGAUGCCCCCGCACGGCCGAGACGAAGGGGCUGCUGGGAGCUCAGCACAACGGUCAUAACGGGGAGACGACACCUUCUGGACGUGUGGCAGCAUACGCUAGUCCUCGGGGUGAGAGCGCCAUGUGCAGGGUGAAAAACGAGCUGAAGGAGGUGGUCUUCUGGAAAGUGCGGCUUUGGAUGGUGGUCGUCAUGCUCUUCAUCGUCGUGGUCGCCAUCGUUCUCAUCUCUCUGGCCGUGUGCGCCGCCAUUCAUGAGGAUGCGGACGAGAAGUUUGACCGCUCCACGUUCAGAAUUCCUCGCCUCUUCAAUGGCAGCUUCAGUCUUCCCAGCCUGGUCUUCACCCAGGACCUCCUCAUGGGAUCCUCAAACGAGAGCCAAGCCCUGGCGAGCGUCCUGCAAAGAAAGCUGACAGGCCUGUACGCAUCCUCCCCCGCUCUGGGCCGCUACUUCUCCAAAGCGGAAAUUUACUCUCUCAGGAACGGCUCAGUCAUCGCCGAGUACCAGCUGACGUUCCUGAUGCCCGAGGAGCAUGAGGAGCGGCUGAGGAGCUUCACGCUGAGCAGGGAGAUGGUCUACAAUGUGCUCCGCCAGUUCCUUUGCGAUCAGGAGGACCACGCCUCAGGGCCCCUUUACAUCGAUCCCGUUUCUCUCAAGUUGUUUUGAAGGGCGACCCGGAGGUGGGUCUUUUUCUUGGUUCCUUUGUGCUUCUCCAGAGCGCACAUGACACCAGUCAUGCAGGAAAAGCACACAACCACGCACGUGGCGUACAAAUCAUCUUCUCUUGGACUUCUCGCCUCCACGCUCUUCCACUUCCUCUUCAUAAUACACUCAGACAUGCCACCAGUAUGUCUUUUGGACUGGUAGUAGUAGGUGUCGCCAACUAAGAGCAUUAAUCUGGCGGAAUAGAUCUAGUUCAAACUUAGGGAAAGUGCCAGAUGGACUGCAGCAUAGCCAGAGAGACCAGUGACAGCAAGCCAAACGGAGAGUGAAGCAGCAUGUACGGGUGGGAUGGUGGAGCACACAUCUAAGAUAGCAAAUAUGCCUUCCAGUGUCAUGAAGACCUGAGGCAUGUACUGCCUACACUAUAGUCUAUUUGCAAUCACAUGAUUUAGUCAGCUUGACAUUAUUAUCUUUUAGAAAUUAAAAAAUGUACCUGCUCUGACUUAGAGUGUGUAAAAAAACUUCUAAUUUAAUGGGAAUAAAGUUUUAUGAUAUAUGUUGAUAUAGUGGGAAGAUAUCACCAAAAAUCCAACAGGAGACAUGGACAAGUCAUUCUACCUGUAUAAAGACCAAAAAAGUUGGAAUCUAAUGAUAAAAAGUUAUCAUUUUACAAUUAAUAGGAGCAGAAAUAACCUCAUUUCACGAUAGCAUAGACUUGAAAUGUUCAAGAAAAAAAAAAGUCUCAAUAUUAGGAGAAAUAAACAAAACAAAGUUGGCAUUUUUGGAAAAUUUGGUUGUGGAAAAAGUCAUAAUAUGGAAAUAAAGUGAUAAUAUCCCGAGAAGAACAUGAACAAAGUUGAAAU